AUGUCUGGCUAUGGAGCAGGGCUUCACGGAGCCCUGAGUGAUCCUAUCGAGGGACUAUACACUGAUAAUGCCUCAGCGCCUCUCCAACAACGAGCAGGCCUACGAAACUUUUACGAUUUUGGCUUAUAUUCCUAUUGCGCCUACGUGAAUACCACUCAUGGGACAUGCUCAAACACCUCUGCUGGAAAUCGAUUUCAACCAUUUCAAGUCAUCACAGCCGAUAUGCUGUCGAAUUAUUCGGGCUACACAGACUACAUCAUCUCGCCCACUACAUUCACUGACUCAACUUAUCUGGGCGACUUCUCAAACGGAGCAUACUACCUGCUGUUAAUCGGGACGAUAUGUGCUGCUGUUGCUCUCUUCAUUGGUUUCGUGAAACACCCUCUGGCAUUUAUAGUAUCGACGCUAUUUGCAAUUGUCGGCAGCUUCAUGCUACUCAUAGGUGCCACUAUCUGGACCGUCAUAAUCAAGAAGACGGAGCUAUUGAACAACGUCAUGAUCGGACAAGCAUCUGCACCGGUACCGCUGGGAAUUACGGUGACCAUGGGCAAUGGAGUAUACCUUGCAUGGGCCGCUUUUGCGUGCCUCAUUGUUUCCAUUCUACCUUACAUGAUCAGGUAUGUUUCAUCGAAGCAAACGAUAUUUGCCAGCUGA